AUGCGUUCCAAGUUUAAGGACGAGCACCCCUUCGAGAAGCGCAAGGCAGAGGCCGAGCGCAUCCGCCAGAAAUACGCAGAUCGUAUUCCGGUGAUUUGCGAGAAAGUCGAGAAAUCGGAUAUCGCGACCAUCGACAAGAAGAAAUAUCUCGUACCAGCCGACCUCACCGUCGGGCAGUUCGUUUACGUCAUCCGCAAGCGCAUCAAGCUUUCUCCUGAGAAGGCCAUUUUCAUCUUCGUGGACGAAGUCCUGCCACCCACAGCUGCGCUCAUGAGUAGCAUCUACGAAGAACACAAGGACGAAGAUGGGUUCCUUUACAUAACCUAUUCCGGGGAGAACACCUUCGGUGAAUGUUGA